AUGAAAGCUAGAAUUAUAAAACUUCUUGAAUUUAUGAUGAUUAUAAAGAAAGAGUCAUCCAAAAUUCGACAUUUCAGUUUUAAUGGUGAAGAAGUACAAAUUUUAAAAAGAAAAUUCCAAGAAAUAAUAACUCAAAUGCAAGAAUCACCACCUAAAAGACCAAAAUCAAAGGUUGCAGCUAAAUGUGAUGAU